AUGACUCUUUUCGGUACAAAGCUCUUUAACCACAUAAUACUAUGGCUUGGUAUAAUAAUUGUUUUGGCAGUUACGGAAGUUUUUGGGAAAUCUCCAGGGAAACAUGGAAAGCUGAUGCGUAAUUGUCCUCCUGAAUUUACUUAUAAUGAGCUUCGGAAACUUAUAUUAAAUGGAUCUCUUGUGGAGGCUCAGAAUUUCAAAGACUCUUUGGGACCAAGUGAGAAAACAGUUUUGUAUGGAUUUAUUCAAGUAGCCUUAGAUACAGAUAUUCAAAGUCUUAAAAUUGAACUCCCAGAUUUGGAAUUGGUUGAUAUAAAAACAUCUUCGAUAAUUCGAGAUUUUAUUUCAUACGAUUAUGUAUUUGAUUGCAAAGAUAUUACAGAGAGCACCAGAUUCUUGUUUUGGAUUGUUCGCCACCUUGAUUUAAACUAUCUAUCUGCUGCAAUAUCCUUUUCAAUUACCAAGUAUGUGCUUAUUGAGGCCAUUAAAAUUUAUGGAGAAGAACAUUUUAACCCAAAAAUCCCAAUUUCACAGGUUAAUUUGUCCAAAGUUAUAGUUCAAGCAAAAAAUGAUUAUUUUCCUUCAAGAAAACAAAUAAAUGAAGCCAUAAGAAAAUUUACCUCCACUGGGAGCUUUGUGGAUUAUAAAGGAGUUAUUGACUUACCAGACCUUUCAAAUGUUGCUCCGGCUUCUAUUGAGGAUAAAGUUUUGAGAAAUAGAGUCGUAUUGCUUCAGAGAGGAGGAUAUGCUCCAAAUAUUAAAGAACGUUCUCAGAUUCAAACAGUUAGGUAUAUUAUGAGAACCUCCAGAUAUUAUUUGAGUAUCUAUAUAUCUCCAGAAAUGUCUUAUAAGCUUUGGAGUAUAGUUUAUUUAAUCAUGAUGGGAAUAAGAAUGCCAGAUUAUAAAUUUAAGAUGAUCUCAUUUAUCAUGAAAAAGAGUAAUACUGAUCAUUGGCCACAUGAAUCUGACGUUUUAGAGGCAAUUUCGAUAACUCUUAACAGGUUUAGAAUUAAACAUAAACCUUUGAGUAUCCACUCCAAAUGGUAUAAAAAAUUAAAAAAGGAAGGGUACGUACUUUCCGUUCCUCAAAAUACAAGAACUUCUCGUUGGUUUUGCAGAUUCUUCCAGCACUACCUUCAAAUUAUGAUUAACCCACAUUUACAAUUUAACAUUUGGAAGAUGACUCUUGAGAAUCUUCUGGAACCUCAUGUCAAACAGGUCUAUGUUUCUGGAGAUAAAUGUUUUUUCAGAGAAGAUCCCAAAUUCCCAUGGCCAACUUGCUACAAUACACCAACCAAUUCUCCUGAAUACGAUGUUCUAAAGCAUGAUAAAGCUGUGGACAACUUAACUCAUGAAUUCGCUCGUAUUAUCCACGAUUUUAAUCCUGGAUACCCAUUCUAUGAUUUAUGUGAAUUAACACGCCAAUUAGUAGCAACCGGAUCAUUACGUAGAGAAGUGAGACAACCAACCACCAAAUUAAAGCACGAAAUUGCCAUUCGGAAGUUAGAAAGAAGGACUUACAUUAGAAAUCUCGUACGAUCUUAUAAUUAUGCAAAGAAGUACGAGCCUUUCAUUAAGCCAAGUGAUGAAAUGCUGUUUUUCUUCAAAGAUUAUAUUGAAAAUGAAAUUCCUCUGAAUGACAAAAUUGCUGAUAAAAUUGCCAGGGAAAAGUUUAUGGAUGAAGAUCUUGAGGAUGUUAUUAAAACUCGUAACUUUGUUAUCGACUGUGCAAAAACUUAUAGUUCCAUUACCUCUAGGGAAUAUUGGAAUGAUGAAGAGAUUAAGGAGAUCCCAUCCAAAGGAAAGAAGGCCAUUAGUACAACCUGCAGUAACCUUUUCUAUUCAAGACCGAAAUGCAAGUUCGAAUCAAUUCCUCCGUUUCAUCCAGCAAGAGAAUCUAGUGAUAUUUUAACUGGUGAAUUCUCGCUUCGUAUAUUUUCAUAUUUUAGAAGUAUUGGAGUAUAUAACACAAUACCAGAUGAAUUUUGUAUUGACUCCAUUAAUGUAAUGAGUAAGUUGUUUAGAAUCAAGCCAAAUAAUUAUGAACAAUUAAAGAGGGAUUAUGCCAAGAAUUCCAAAAUUCAUGAAAGAGAUAGAUUUAUCCGAAAUUCCCUGUUGAGAUUUAAAACUCUUGAUAAUACUGAUAGCCAAAAAUCGAAAACACGCAAAUUGAAUGAGAUGAUGGAACAGAUUGUUAGGUCAAAGCUUCAAGAUAAACUCAAGCCAAGAAGGCAAAACUUUAUUCUUGCUUCUAUCACCAAUAGAUACUCAGACUUUGUCAGCAAAGCAGAUGGCAGUGAAUGGGAAAUUGAUGAGUUGAAAGAUAUGAUUCGGCUUGGUAAAAAGUUUACCUAUUUCAACUCUUUUAGGCAAUUCCCUAAAAACAAAUUUAAAGCAAUCUGUAACAAGUUUCUUACAAAUAUCGUUCUCAAGAUCCAUGGCUCUGAAACCAUUAUUGAGCGUAUAAGAAAUUCUGAACCCUCUCUGAAGCUUACUGAUGAGAGGAUUUCCAGGGAUAUCACCAAAAAUCUUUGUUUUAGUCUUGGAAGUUGGCAAAUAUCUCUCCGAAGAAGAAUUAAGAAUAAACUUGAGUUUCUCUGGCUUAAAAUGAAUAAUUACAAGCAUGAAUACAAACUUCUUGAUUCUUCACUGAUCCCAGUAACCAAACAUACCGGUCAAAACUAUUACAUACAAACAAUUAAUGCUAAUGUAUUAAACUUUUACAAUACACUGAGCACCAAUUUGAAAAAUAGAUUUCCACAUCUAGAUAUAAAGCUCCCAAAUACUAAUCCCAUCGAGCCUGAAGUAAUGAAGCUUAGAAAGCUAGGUUAUGAUUGCCCUCCUCCGAAAUCUGUUAAAAGUGAUGGAAUUCCAACUGCUCAAGAAUGUAUAAGAUAUAUUUAUAGAUAUGGACUUUAUAUAUACAAUGGCUUGAUUUUAGACAUUGAAAAGCUUUAUAAAGUGUAUCAGAAAUCUUUUAUGGACUCAGGGUUUGAGACUUUAGCAUAUUUACCCGAUAUAUAUCCCCAAUUUCUCAACCUCUCGCUUAGAAGAUCAAGUAUAUUUGAUUAUAACUUCCACAGAUAUGAAACUAUAUGUUCUAUUAAUAAAUUAGAUACCGACAUAUACUGGAACCAAUACUUUUCAAUUGUUGAGAAUAUCUCUAAAGACUUAAUUACUCACUUGCAUUCGGCGAAUGUAGUUCUUCCAGGAUCAACAAAUUAUAUUGAUAGUUCCAAAAAAACCCUUGUAAAAACCAAGGCUCAAAGUAUUUGCGAAUUUAUUGCCAGAAUUCUGAAUCCCAACUAUUAUAAAAGUUUUGAUGUUGAUACUUCUGACUAUUUCAAGGGUCAAAUAUCAAAUAUUGAAUAUAAUAAGGGAAUGGUUUGGUAUGAUUUAAAUCAAGUUAAUAGUGGUUAUUCACAACAAUCUUUUGAAAAUAUUGAUAAGAAUGUUAUGCGUUCACUAUAUACUAUUUACUUUGUACAAUCUUGUGUUCAUUCAAUGAUGAAAUAUUUCCCAGGUAUCCACUUUUUGCAUGCAGCUUUAUUGUGUAGAAAGACAAGAGAGUGGAGAAGCUGUGAUGAGAAUUUUGUUGGGAGUAACUACCUGGAUGAUUUGGAGGUUGGAGAUCCAAUUGAAGAUGUUUAUUUGAAAAGACUUAUUAAAGGAGUAUUUGUUGAUAUGUUAACUUUCGAACUUCAAGAAAAAUCAAUUUCUUUAUUUUGGUCCAGUAUAUAUUAUGAUUUACCAACUGAAAGACUCCCAAUUUCUUACACAAAAUUCUGUUCAUCUUCACUAAAAAUACAUAACUAUCUUCAAUCUGGUAGGUUCAAAAACUUUAUGGAUGCUUGUGUGUUUGCUUUAGAAACUGAUAAUAUUUUCCGUGUUGAAAUUGAUGGUGAAAUGUUUACUAUAAAACGAAGCAUUGCUGAAAAACUUUGUUCAAGUACACUCUGGGGACAAGACUGUAACCAUCCCACUAUCAAGAGUUCGGCAACUUUUCUUUAUGAAAGUAUGGUUGUUGCUCUUAAACUGCCUUCUCAAGUUGUCCCAAGCUCAAUAAUGUGUAAAGUUGCAUAUGAAAUGGCAUUUAGUAGGGACCCUGUUAAUAUUUGUUUCAAUCCAAAUACUUUUGAAGAUACUAGAGCUAAAGCUGGAACAAAUCCUUACUCUGAAGACUACAAACCAAAUCUUAAAACCCAUUCUGAAGGAGCUAGGGCGAGAACCAAGAAAUGGGAUACUCCAGAAAUGAACUUUGAAGAACCUGUCCCUUUUCACGAAGACCCUAUGGGAAUGCUUGGGCAUAUAGCAAAAACUUACUCUUUAGAGGAAGUCAGCUUUGCGGAACUUAGAGAAGCCUGUGAAAAGGCAUUAGUUUCUGUAAGAGAUUGUUCCAAGGUUCCUUCAUUUGUCAAAGAUUAUCCUAGUCUCGUAAAAAAUUCGGAGACUUUAAAAAAGAUUAAUGAGGAGACCUUGAGGUUAUUUUAUCCUCUGAUAAAAAAAAACAACCCAAAGAGUUUUGAGGAAAUCCCUGUUAGAAUCGCCACUUUUGUAGAGCUAUGCAAUCUUUCUGUCUCUACUUACAAUAUCAGUCCAGAACUCUUUAACACUGCUUGUGUUUCUUCCUUCGGAUGGGAUAAAAAUCUUAAUUCAAACCAGGAAAUUUGGGAAGAUAUUGAUUGGCAAUCCUCCAUACUUUACUGUAGUUCCACAUCUAAAUGGAAAAGUUGCUUAGGGUGGGUGAACCAUGAAAUCAAAGAUACAUUUGGCAACAACUAUAAAUCAUCUACAUUAUAUUAUAAUUCAACACCUCUUCAAAAAGCUGCAGUUGACUUCAUGGCUGCUUUCUUUUCUUCCACUAUCUCUCUUUUCCUUUCUGGUGCAAAUUCCCAGAACAUUACAGAAGACCCUAAAGACCUUGAAAUGAUUUCACAUCUGAGAAAAAACUACGAAAUGUUUUGUCCAGCAGCAAUUGAUCUUCUUCUGAAUAACAAACUCAUUAAACCCUCGAAGUCAAACUUGUCAAUCAUUGAAUUCAUGAGGUCUCAAGAAAUCUCCUAUUCUGAAGUGAGAAGAAAGAAGCCAACUUUCGGAGUUCCAUACUUGUUUUUUAAUGCAGAUUGUCCUGAUGUUCUCACAAAUCACAUCUUGAACGUUGUAAAAAACAUGAAAGAUUCCAAUAAAUCAAAUAAUAUUCCCUCUCAAUGGUCAAGAAAAGAGUUUAUCCUUGAAUUUACAGUUAGAGUCUGCAAAAAGCAUUUCUCUUGGGAAAACUGUAACUAUAACAAAGAUAUCUUGAGUAAAUUCAAUCCUUUGGAAAUUAAUUCCUUAGAGUAUGUUGCCUCCGCCAUGUAUAGAGAAUUUUUGUUGAGUUUCAUUGAAGAUGAGGAAGAUGUCCCUAAAGAAGGUGAAGAUCAGAAAAGUGAUAAUUUCUACUUUUUCUGUGGGCUUUCAGUUAACAUGAUCUCCGAACACCCCAGAAUACUCGACAAAAACAAAAUCGAACUUUUAAUUACCAAUUUCCUUCCUAACAAAAUGAAAAGAUGGUCCCAAAAUAUUAUCAAUGCCUUCAUUACCUCGUACGAAAGCUUUUACAAAGGUGUAAAAUACAUUAAAAGUAUUCAAUCUCCAAAGGGGGCCACUAAAUUUUCAUUUUCUUAA